CGGUUUUCGUUCAUCAAUUGCCAGAAUUCUCUUUAGUCGUUAAUUCCAACGUCCAUCGGUCCGGAUACACAUGAUUUCGUGCACAAACCACUUGAUGGCUAGGAAUAUGAAUGGAAGGACAAGAAGCACUAGAAAUUGUGGUCGGUACAGCUCGCCGUCGCCGUUCGAAUGUUCUCCAGAACCCGUCUUCCUUCGAUUUCUGCAGACCCCAAACUUUUAUUUACCCUUCGUCGCCACGACGACCCCAUUUUUUUCUCUCUCAAUUUUACGCCCGUGCGACUAGCACCUCCUGCGCGGCAUCGUUAAUAUUUUUUUCAAAAACAAAAGUCUUGUGGCUUCAACCUUGUAUUUAAUUAGUCUCAACUCUUCUAGUGCCAAGAAAAAAAAAACAUGUCGUCGGUCACCCUCACCUGUCCGAACGAGAAGAAGGACCUCGGCGGCAUUGUGAUUAACGAGGGCAAGGUCGUGCUGGUAAAUCCAAACUCUUGGGCGGCGAGCCUUCCCGCGAGCCAGCUCGACAUCGGGGAUGUGCUCGUCGAUGUGAACGGCACGCCCUUGACCACCGUCACAGACUUGGCCAAGCGAAAGCAACUGCUCAGCGGCGCCAAUUUAAAGCUCAAGCUGGACCGACCCCAGCAGCGGGUACGUUUUUUUUUCCGUUGAGACCUGGCUUAUCGGAUCACAAAAUAAGUUGGCUGUUACUUGUGUUUUUGGCUAGAUUUUUGGCGCGACAUUAAAUUAAUUUCUGGAAGCACUUGUUUGUAUCGCAUAAAAUCAUCACUUCAGUGCCAAACGAUUGUGGGGCAGUUGCAGGACAAGACUCCGGGGUGCCGCAUGAAGGGCCGCCAAGUGUCGUGGAUAGGUGCGUCCGGUUUCGCCGUGGAAAUUGGCGUACAGGUGAACGACGAGCUGAUUGCCAUCGACGGCAAAGGUUACUCCGAGCUGACCCCGGAUGAGAAGAUGAACGCGUUGACGAAGAUCCGGCCGUUGCAAAUGCUCUAUCAGCGUCCGGGCGCGUCUGAGCCGACUGUUCCACGUGCAAAAAGCGUCGGCCUGGCCGGACAGAAGCCAGCUGCUGGAGGGGCCGGCGCGGCCGACGGCGCUGCUGCCGGCUCGUCGUCGGGAUCAGCAGUUGCCUCCCCUGGCGGCGGCGGUCUCUUCGCGGCUUGCUGCAGCUCCUGCGCUGCAAAAAGGGGCGCACCAGACGAGAUCAUCAUUGUAUGAGACAGGGGGUGGAUGUUUUUGCUUCUCCGAUUUUUUUCCUAGAGAAUACAAGCCAUGCUAUUGCUAGCCCUCGCAAGUUUCAGAAGCAUACGCGCCUCUUUCGACGGGGCAACCGAUGGUGGAUUUUUUGCAUCUAGUGUCCGCCGUACUCUGACUCACGUUUGCUCGAAAUAAGUGCUUAAAUAGCUAAAAGUAGUUGGAACUGGAAGGAAGGAGUUGUGGGUCCUUCGCGAAUUAGGGAAGUGGUUUAGUAGAUGUACGCAUUCACAUGGUAGGAAG